AUGGACCUUGUUCUUGACAUACUCGAUCAAAAUUUCUUUACACCGUACGUGUACCCCGCAACGUGGCCAGAAAAUGACUGCUACAGGCAAUUCAUCUCACUCUUCGUGGUCACGAACAUCGGCGGCGUUAUUAUGUAUCUUUCGCUCGCAACUUUCAGCUUCGUUUUUGUGUUCGACCGCGCGCUUAUGAAACACCCGCUGAUUCUAGAACACCAGAUCUACAAGGAAAUCAUUGUGACUUUGAAAUCAAUACCGUUUAUGAGUUUUCCCACGGUAUCGCUUUUCCUUCUGGAGGUGCGAGGUUACAGUCAGUUGUACCUGCCAAGUAAUUUCAGCUGGCCGCAUCUCAUCCGCGACAUCAUUUUGAGUACGACUGGCUUUCUCGUCUUCACCGACGCAUUGAUUUACUGGAUUCAUCGUGGAUUGCACCAUCGUUCAGUGUACAAAUAUUUGCACAAAGUCCACCAUCGUUGGAAGGUGCCAACCCCAUUCGCCAGUCACGCUUUCCAUCCGAUCGACGGAUUCCUGCAGAGUCUGCCAUAUCAUCUUUACCCAUUUAUUUUUCCACUCAACAAAGUUGUGUAUCUGGUGUUGUUUGUUUUCGUCAAUAUAUGGACGGUGUCAAUUCACGAUGGAGACUACAGAGUGCCUGAGCUGCUGCAGCCUUUCGUUAACGGAUCUGCCCAUCACACAGAUCACCACCUCCUCUACAACUGUAAUUACGGCCAAUAUUUCACAGUCUGGGAUCGGAUCGGUGGAUCUUUUCGUCACCCGAGCGCGUUCCAGGAGAAAGGUCCAAAAUUCGAACUAAAGAAAACCGCUGAUAAGAUGGGAUGA